AUGCUUGAAUGGAAGGCAUUUGUGAAAAAUCGACUUUCAAAAAGCUUCAUUGAAAAGAGUGAAAAAUUCAAAGAGAUGAGAGCAAAGCAGAAGGUGUUACACACGAUGAGUAGAAAAGGCUAUGCACGACUAGAGGAAGACAUGAAAAAUCAAAGCCAAGACCCAGAUUCCAUAUCUAGAGUGGAUGUUUGGAUCAAAGGACAUACAAGGCAGAAGGGGAAACCUAUCAAUGAAGUGCUUAAGGAAGCAGUGAAUAAGGUUCAAGAGCUUCGCAAGCCUUCUACAGAAGAAGGGUCAAUGUCUAUCAAAGAUGAUGCAAUUGUUCAAGCAUUUGGUCCAGAACGGCGUGGUAGUGUAGGAGGGCUUGGAUUUGGAGCAUUGCCAUCGAAAGUUGAUGCAGAAUACCAAAAUCAAAAUAUGAGACAACUAAAUGAAAAAUUGAUGCUAUUAGAAUAAGAACUCCGGGAGAUAAAAGCUGAAAUGUUAAAAGGAAAAAGGCAAAAUGAGGUAAAAAAAAAAA